ACAGAAUGGAGAUUCCUUGAAAGCGGUCGUAUUGCGCCACGGGAGGAGGUUCCAUUUGUACGGUAUAAUCCUGAUAUACCUCAGAUCGUCACUUCUUUCAAGGGUUACCAGAAACUGAUGUUCCAAGGAUAUAGAUAUAAUAUUUAUCAGGUGAUGCCUGAACGAAAUUUCAAAUCAUGGCGUUGUGUCUGCGCUAAGAAGAUUCCGGACAACGGAUCAUGGUGUAAGUGUCGGGCAGAAACCACAAUGGAUGAUCAGAAAGCCGUCACCAAGGGCGAACACAAUCAUCCACCAAAGCAUCUGCUCGCUGAAUUGGAAUUCAUAAAG